AUGGAAGGGAAAAUGGAAAAGAUGAAGAGGAAGAUAGAGGAGCUAGAAAGAAAAGGAACAGGAAGCGCAGGUUGGAGCGAGAUACAUGAAAGAGUACAAAAGUUAGUGCAAGAGGAAAUAGAGAAAGAAAAGCAGGAGGUGGGAGGGGUGAAAUUAGGGGAAAGGGUGAGAGAACUAGAGAAUAUAUGGGAGAGGAAAGAGAGAGAGGAGAGAAAGAAGAAUGUAAUAAUCAAAGGAAUCAAAACUACAAGGGAAGAGAUGAAAGAAAAGGCCGAAGAAAUCCUAAAAAUAAUAGGGGUAGAAGAAGCUGUAGAAGAGGUAAAAGCGAUAGGACUUACAGAAGGCGGAAAAGGGGUCAACAUGGUACAGCUAAAAAUAAAGACAGUAGAUUUGAGAAGAAGAAUAAUGGAGGAAAAAAAGGCACUUAAAGGAAGGGAGGAGAGAAUCGAAGAGGACCUAACAUGGGCGGAGAGGAGAACCCAGUGGAUUCUGAAAAGAAUUGCCAGGGAAGAAACAGAGAAAGGAAAAUAUGUGUGGGUGGAACAGGGGAAAAUAAGAAUAGAGGGGAAGUGGUGGAAAUAG